UUUAUGAGCUCUAGAGAGUUCUAAAAACCACGCACGAUGUGCGCACUUGUUAAACUUAAAAUAAUAUUUAUUACAAUAUGUUUAUUUAUUCAUUCAUUUUGUGUGGUGGAAACGAAAAAGAUGUAUCCAAAAAUCCAAGACUUAGUUUCUUUUUCCGAAGAAGAAAAAACAGAUUUCAUCAACCGGAUAGCCAAAAAUAUUAAACCUUAUUUAGACAUAGAACAAUUCAGAAGCAAUGUAAUGUUGUUUAGGCAACAGAUCAGAGGUAACAUGGAGGAUCCAGUAGUUUUAGAAGGAGAACCGCUUUUGAAUAGACGAGUGAUGGUUUUUAAAAAAGACAAAUUCGGUGCCUAUGCCACUGCGACCGGUCUGCAGGUUCGAACUAAAAUCUUAGACUGCAUGUUACAGAUCGUAUACAUGGCUAAGCACUAUUUGAAACUUUUUGAAAGAAAAGAGUAUGUCGAUAAGACUUCAAAUGCUUACCGCAUCGGGGUGAUCGCUAGAAAACUGCGGAUGAUGUACAAGAAAGCAAUUAGGAUUCUGGAAAUCUUAAAUAUAAGGCAGAAGAAAGAUACGUGGGUUAAGUACGAAACUACUGCGCCUGCGUUAACAUUGCACCAUAAGGUGGCAAAGAUUCACGUCGACUUUCUUUACUUCUACGAAGUACUGAAGAGGUUACACUAUAAGAUUAGGCAGUUGAGUAAACUUCCUAGAGAGAAGCCGCCGCAUAAGAAUAGUCCACAGGUUUGGUGAUGGAAUAUAUAAUUUUGGUGGUGAAA